AUGUCGGGGACAGAUGCUCCAGCAUCACCAGAUAUCCCACUCAGCAAAGGUGCCUAUCAGAUUGAUUGGGAUAACUUUGAUGACAGCAUUAACCCUUUUCAGGCUCGAACAAAAGUCAAUAACUCUCCACCACCCCAAUCGUCAUCAACACAACAACCACCUUCAACAACUUCAAAUAUAAAAAUUAAAUCAUCAAAAUUAGUGAAAACCAGUGGCAACAUUAAAAGGCCAACACCCACACACCCAAAUAAUGUUGAAAAAAAUGUUGAAAUCAACAAUAGCCCCAGCAGCACUGCCAACCAGAAUGGUUGCUGUAGUACAUCACAACCUACAACAAAUUUUGAAAUGUCACAACAAUUAAUAGUUCAAAAAUCAACCACCAUCACUGACAAGCCCAAGCCCCAGAGUGCCAAUCUGCCCAUUAUCAACAACAGCAACAAAGUUAGGAAGUUAGUAGCGCCAUCUUCAGCUGGGGACUUAAUAAAGAAACAGCAGCAAACAGUGCUAAGACAACAGAAUCCCUUAAUCAUAAAAACCAAUGGUUUUUUUGCAAUAAUUAAUAAUAAUGAUAAUACUGGAGUCGACAGUGCUAUUACAGAUAUCAAUGAUGUGAUUGUUGGAGUUGAAAACAUUAAUUCUAACGUUAUAUCAUCAAGCAAACUUAACAAAGUUACUGUCAUCAGAAGUUCUUCAGCACAGCAACAACAGCUCAGUGACAACAACAAUAAUGACAACAACCUCAAUGACCCAUUUAAACCGGCUACAUUGCUCAGCCAAUCAGAUUCUGCAUUUAAUAGGUCAAGUGAUGAUUUAGGGUCAGUUGGGGCCAACAGUAAUAAUAAUAAUAAUAAUAAUUCAGUUAUUGGCAAAAAUAAUGAUAUAACUGAGUUUGGCGAUAGUGAAUUUCAUCAACAAGAGUUACCAUUAGGAAUAAAAAGAAAGCCCAUACUGUCCAGUACUUUUAGGAAAUCAAAAUCACCGAAGAACACAGAGAACAAUGAUCAUGAUACUAGUUUAACUCCAUCAUCAACAACAACAACAACAUCUAACAACAAUGAUCAUGAUAACGUCAUUGCUGCUGCUACUACUACUACUACUACUGCCGCUGCUGCUGCUGCUGCUACUUCUACAACUACUACAGAUAAUAGCAACAACAUCAGUAGCAUCAAUAGUACACCUUAUGUUACGCCUACUGCCACACCAAUUAAUGAGAUUAAUGUCAGCGCUGACAAUGCAGAUGGCAAUUCAGAUGACAUUAACAAUGUUAACAAUGAUGAUGGUAGUAAGAAUAGGGACAAUAGAUCUAUUGAAAAAGAUAUUGUUGAUGUCAUUGAUGAUUCAAUUUUCAACAACAACAACAAAAACGCUAACAACAGUACAGAUUUGGUUACACCAGUGGCCGCAAGCACAGCACUAAAUAUCGCAGCAGCGACAGCAGUAGCUGCAAUGGCGUCAACUACGUUAUCGCAAAAUGAGAUAUCGAUUGAUUCCGGCUUCUGCCAGCUCUCCCUAUCAACGUCAUCAUCUUCUUCUGUUACUUUUAAAACACCAUUCGAUUUUAAUACAAAUAUUCCUACUACUACAACUGAUAACGAUGCUAAUGAUGCUAAUGAUGCUGCUACUACUACUACUACAACUACUACUACUACUACUACUACUACUACUACUACUACUAUUAAGAAUGGUGGUACCGCUUCUGUCGCUACUGCACAAGCUGAUACAGUGGCUGCACAAGCUGAUACAGUGGCUGCUACGGCGUCAACUGUCGUUAAUAAUAAUACUUGUGGUAAUGCUAAUAAUAAUUGUAGUAUUAGUAGUAGCAAGAAGGAUGAUGUCGAUGAUGGUAAUGUUUUUAGGGAUUGUGAUGAUGUCGCUUUCAAGGAUGCUACUCCUUUCUUCAUUGAUUCAUCUGGUCUGGAUGCCCUUGAAAGCAAAUGGUCUGCUUCUGAGGCAACGGACCCAAACAGUAAACUAACAAGAGAAUCACUAUAUGUCAAGUUCGACCCAUUAGUUCCGAAAAUCUACGCUGCUGCAGGUCAAAAGCACCGCCAGCAUCAGGGUGUUGGUAGUAGUAGCAGCAGCAACAAUCAAGGUUGUAGUAGUAGCGCAAACCAAGGUAGUAGCGGUAGUAAUCUGAAUCAAAGGAGUAGUAGUGGUAAGCAAAGACAACAGCAUAGAUCAAAUAAUAAUUCGCCAUCUUCUACAAGUUCUUUGCCAUCCGGUCAUGGCAAUGCUGCUGCUGCUACUACUAGCAGCAGCAGCAGUGGUAGCUGCUUGCAGGAUGAAUCCCAACUGUUGCUAGAUAAGCUGCUUAGCUGUAGCCCGGCUAGGAUGGAUUCUGGAAAUAAAUCAAUGCUCCUGGACUCCAGGCUGACUGAUUCGGUUGCUAUCGAUCCUAGAGAUGCUGCAACAAAAGAGUGGGACCUCAAUUUCAGGACACGCCUGAUCAAUCGCGAACGCGAUUGGGCUGCCAAGGAGGACGAGCUUAAACGUGAUUGGUUAAAAAAGAUUAAGUCUCUGGAGGAGGAAAAAGCGAGAGCCAAUGAGAGGGUAGAAAAGAUGCAGGCUUCUAUGUCUUCUAUGAGGUCUGUUUGCAUUGACAGUUUUGAUUGGCUAGCUGGUCUCGUCGGUUGA